AUGGUGUAUCGCGGUUUCAAGGCGAACUCAGAACAGCGAUUGCUGUCCCUGUUCUCCGAAUUCUACGACAACCUCGGACCGAACAUUGAGCAGACCCUGCUUGGAGCAACCGGGUUCGUUACCAUGGAUCCUGUCAACGUAGAAGCGAUUUUAUCUUCACGGUUCAACGAUAUUGGAUUUGGGCCCCGGCGUAACUCAUUCUGGGCUUUCUUGGGCGAUGGGAUCUUUACCCGAGAUGGAGUUCCCUGGAAGCAUUCCCGCGAGCUUUUGCGACGACAGUUCGUCCGGAUGCAGUACCAGAGUCUCGAGGCGUUCAACGAGCACGUUGACAAUCUCGUCGAAGCCAUAAGGCGAGCCCCGGAUAUCAUCGACCUGCAGCCGAUUUUCUUCAGGUAUACUCUGGACACUAAGACCGCUCUGAUCUUCAACCAAGGGACGUGA